AUGAAAUCUCGUAUAUUUUUAACCAUUAUUUUAUUUGAAAAAUUUGUUAGCGGUUCACCUUUAUCCUCCCUUCCCGUCGAUGAUGCAAUAAUAGAUGUCAAUUUAGAUAAUGGUUUAAGAGAUCUUUAUAUCGUGUCUGGCGUUUCUUUAUUCUUUUUACAAUUAAAUUGGAUCGGAAGUUUAUAUAUCUUUUAUCGUACAUUCAUUAAAUGGCGCAGUAGCUCUCGCAAAACCAUCCCCCUGUCACUUAGGUUUCCUUUUUAUAUCGCUAUAACUGACUUUGGACUAGCAGUUCCACAUACCAUUAAUAUUGCAUACACAAUGAUUUAUAAACGUACGUUAUCAUCACCAGCCUGUGAAUUCUUUGGUGGAUUAAUGAUUACAUUUAUUUUACUUAAUUUAUUACUGAUUGGAUUUAUUGCAAUAACGACUUGGUUACGGGUAGUAAAAGAAAUAAUAUUUAAUUUUGGAAAAUAUGAUUUCAAAUUAUGGGUUAUCAUCGCCGGGAUAGCCUUAAUAUCGGAUUGUGUUUCCUUUAGUGAAUUCGGUGCAAGUAAAUAUUGUUCAAGGAUAAAUUCAAUUGAAAAUCAGGUUACGUUGAAAAUCUUUAGAUACAUAUUAAUGUUUUUGUUACAAUAUAUUCCAAUUUUGAUUUAUUGUCUCGGUACCUUAUUACAGAUGGAUCAUAUUUUAAUACAUGCGAUAGCAUCAACAGCAAUAAAUUUCGGAGCAAUUGGAAAUGUCAUUCAAUACAUUAAAAUUGAAGGAUGGUCAUUUAAAUCAAUGUCAAGUUUAAAAUCUAUUAUCACAAUGACUACAUUACUAUUGUCCAAACAACAAGCAAAGAGUGACAAUAAUUCAAAAGAAGUUGAUUUUAAAGACGAUACUAUAGAAUUGCAUAAUAUUGUUGAUUCUUUUAAUAUUAAUAUUGUUAGUAGUGAUGACGAUUAA